CUGAGUCACUGAUAAAGAGAGGCCCCGCCCACUCCAAACUGAAUAUCUGAGCUUCAGGUGUGUAUAUAAAGAGCAUCACUUUGUCUCUCAGCUCAUACUUACCUAACAGUUGAAACGCUUGCUGGGUUCCUGAAGAUUCACUCACAUCUACGAACAACUAUCUGAUCAUCACCAUGAGGACAGCCCUGAUCGUCUGCAUCAUGCUGUGUGCUGCUUCUGCAGCUCCAGCUGAAGAGAAGGAGCAGCCUGCAGCUCCAGCUGAAGAGAAGGAGCAGCCUGCAGCUGCAGGAGGAGAGGUAGAGCACCUGGCUGCCGCUGCACCAGAUGCUGCAGAUGUUGCAGUGCCUGAGCUGCAGGAGUACCAACAGCUGCCAGAAGAUGAACUUUCUGCUCCCCAAAAUCGUUUCUUUUCCUGUCCCUCUGGUUGGGAAAAAUUCAAGGGAACCUGCUUUUUAUACGUGCACACUGCCAAGUCAUGGACUGACGCUGAGGCCCACUGUGCUGAGCAGGGAGCCCACUUGACUUCUAUUCGUAAUGCAUUUGAACACGAUUUCCUCCAGACGCUUACCCUGAAAAAAGGGGGCAGUACUGCCUGGACUGGAGGAUACUACUUCCAGAACUGGAGGUGGUUGGACCAUAGCCCCUUUAACUACAAUGGCUGGCACUAUCAACCCUCUGGCAGUUGCAACCUGUGCACCUACCUUCAGGCCUGGGUGGGCUGGGGCAGUAGUAGCUGUGGCACUCGAAGGCCUUUCAUCUGCAUGAUGAGAACUGACGGCUGCUGAAGCUGAAUCAGGGUCCUCAUAAGUUGCUUCCCCCCUGUUUGUUAAGACAGGCCUGGUGCUGAUUUUUCUUCUUUUACAAAUAAAUACAUGUUUAACAGACAAAGUUGUAAUACAAUCAUAUGACAUUAAUAAAGAAAUGCAUUCUGAUAAAA